AUGUCUGAUAAGGGAUCAAUUGGCUUAGGAUUGUCCAAGAGACAACCUCUUCUGCAGGAUAAGUCAAGUCGUGGUGACGACCAAUCUCUCCCUCUGAAGGCAAUCAAGACUCACCCUCUAGGGAGUGAAGGCGAUGAAAAUGCGAGUGUCUAUUUUAUCGGCACGGCCACUACCAUAAUCGAAUGGGAAGGGUUUCGACUACUCACAGACCCCAACUUCCUCCAUGCCGGUGACCACGUCCAUCUUGGUCCUGGAGUUACUGCUGAGAGGCAAACUAACCCAGCGGUUGACCUACAUGAGCUGCCAUCACUAGACGCGAUUCUUCUGUCGCAUUAUCACGAAGAUCACUUCGAUCGGUUGGUAGAAGACUCCCUCAAUAGAGAUUUCUUAAUUGUCACAACGCCUCAUGCGCAUAGAUGCUUGACAUCUAAGAAUGAGCCGUUUCGCAAUGUCGAACCACUCGAUUUUUUCGACCACUUGGAGCUCAAAAACGAAGGUUCGAAGGCUGGUGAGCCUCUGCCCGUCAUCAAAGUCACAGGUAUGCCUGGCAAGCAUGUUCCCCCGGGCCCCCUGGCUGCAGUCAACGACCUGCUUGGUGCUGUUCCGCCAACAAAUGGCUGGAUGCUCGAACUGGGUCACCGCAAAGUUGAAAAAGGCAAGCUCCAAACUGGCUAUCGGAUUUACAUCUCUGGAGAUACUCUUCUUGUGGAUGAGCUCAAGGAAAUUCCGAAGUGGCUUCGGGAAGAGCGCAUCGAUCUGAUGCUCAUACACCUGGGAGGUACCACUAUCCCUGGGCCAUCUGCGCCAUUGAUCAUGGUCACACUUGAUGCGAAGCAAGGUGUUGAGUUGAUGAAAAUGAUGGAUCCAGAGAUCACGAUUCCAAUUCAUUAUGAUGACUACGACAUAUUUCUGUCUCCUCGCAAAGACUUUGAGACUGCCGUCAAGGAAGCCGGAAUGGAGAAUCGAGUAGUUCUUCUGGAUCGAGGCGAUAGAUAUGGGUUCACUGUGACGAAGAAUUAA